AUGACAAAAUCAGAACCAGAUGAAUCGCUAACGUUGGAACUCAUUCGCCAACACCUUCUUGAAGACUUCACUUCCACAGAGUCAUUUCUUCAAAGCCUUAAUCUUUGUUUAUUCGAUGAAUUCAACACUGAUCAAUUUUUCGGUCCCGGAAAAUUAGACUCCCCCACGUCCGGGUCGGACUCAAGCUCAUCCAUUUUGGAUUCAAAACUACCCGACUCAACCUUCCCCACCUUCUUUAAAAUCGAGCCUGAUUUCUUUGAAAUCGAAAUGAAGCCUCAAAUCAUCGAGAAUUCCUCGAUGGGUACUCAAGAUUCAGCUUCCAGCACUUGCACUCCUCCUCCUCCGGCGGAACAAGUUAAAACCAACCCGGAAGAAACAAGAUUUUUUCUCGGGCAGGGUAUUGAAGCUGGAAGGCAUUACAGAGGGGUCCGGCGAAGGCCAUGGGGGAAGUACUCGGCGGAGAUUCGGGACCCGACCAGGAAGGGGUCUCGGGUAUGGCUGGGGACUUAUGACACUGAUGUUGAUGCAGCUAGAGCUUAUGACUGUGCAGCCUUCAAGAUGAGAGGAUGCAAAGCGAUUUUGAAUUUUCCAUUGGAUGCCGGAAAAUCCGACCCGCCGGAAAACACUGGCCGGAAGAGGAGAAGAGUAAAGACAGCGGAAGAUUGCACAAGUCCUAUUUGA